CAUACGCAUAGUCAACGCUCUCUCGUACACACAGAGUAGUGAAUGAAAAGGUGAGCAGACAGAAUUUAAUUUUGUUUUUAUGAUUUCAGUAUCCUCCACCCUCUUAAAGUCAACGCCUUCUCUAUCAUCCAUCCACCUUCUUUCAUCUCUGCUCUCUCCAUAUCCCUCUAUAUCUUCAACAAAGAAUCUCUCCUCUCUAUCUUUUGACUUUCAGAAUUCAGAGGAAUAAAACAAGAUUUCUGUCGACAAAUAUGAUCUGAUCGGUGGGUCUCAUGAAUUAGCUGUUGAUUUUGUUCUUCAAUUUGAUUUAGCUUACUACAUCUCGUAGUCGGUGCCGGAAAAUUCAAUCAUGGGAAACGGAGUUGGGAAACUGACUGUUUGUUUCACCGGAACGGAUGUUGUUCAGCGGCGGAAAGACACCGCGGUUGUGAUUUCUGAUCCAUUAGAUGAUUUGGGGCACUCGUUUUGCUAUGUUAGACCUGAGCCAACUCGCGUAUCAUCUUCGAAAGUGCACUGUUCUGAGGAAACGACAACAUUCCGAACAAUCUCCGGCGCUUCCGUCUCCGCCAAUACAUCAACCCCACUUUCGACAUCUCUGAUCGAUCUAUACUCGUACAACUCCAUCGAUAAAGCUUCUGCUUUCGAGAGCUCCACAUCAUUUGCGUCGAUUCCUCUCCAACCUUUGCCCAGAAGCUCGAUAUAUUCCGGUCCGUUGCCGUCGGGUCCGGUUCCUUAUUCGGGUCCUAUCGAUAGAGGCUUCCUUUCGGGGCCGAUUGAGCGUGGGUUCUUAUCGGGUCCUCUUUUUUCGGGUCCUCUCGAAAAGGGUAGUCACGAGCAGUUCCAAAGAAGCUAUUCUCAGGGAGGGUUUGCCUAUAAACGUAGAUCAAGAAAAAGGUCGUUGAUUCGGGUCAUCCAGAGAGCGAUUUCAAAGACGUUUGUAACCCGCGGGCAAAACUCGAUUGUUGCCCCGAUUAAUAAAAGCGUGGGUUCUCUAAAGGUUCCAGAUUGGAUUGUUGGGGCUUCGGAGAAAAACAAUGAAUUGACUAUUAGCAGUGUUAAUUUGAGCAGUGAAGGUAGUUUUCUUGACGAUUACGAGUUCAUAAAUCAGAGCCAGAAUCUUCAAUGGGCGCAAGGGAAAGCUGGGGAAGAUCGAGUACACGUCGUCGUUUCGGAAGAACACGGGUGGGUUUUUGUUGGGAUUUAUGAUGGAUUUAAUGGUCCUGAUGCACCUGAUUAUCUGUUAUCAAAUCUGUACCCAGCUGUUCAUAAGGAAUUGAAAGGUUUGUUAUGGGAUGAUGAGCUUGAUUCCACGAAUUUAACUCCUUCAGGGCAACAACCAUUAGAUGAUACCAAAUCCCAGGUCGAAAAUCAACCUCAACAAAAUAACCAUCAAAGAUAUGUUGAUCAGCAAGAGAGUUACCCCUGCGCAACCGAGGAUUUUGAGAGAAGAAGAAACAAAAAUUCAAGAGUUAGGAGCCGAGGGGCUUCAAAGAAAUGGGAGGAUAACCACCGGAGAUGGAAGUGUGAAUUCGACAGGGAGAGAUUAGAAUUGGAUCGGAGAUUAAAAGAGCAAUUGAAUUCAAAUGGGUCGAAUUCAAUCAACCAUUCAGAUGUUCUGAAAGCUCUAUCUCAGGGAUUAAAGAACACAGAAGACGCAUAUUUUCAGAUUGCAGACCAAAUGCUCGUUGAAAAUCCUGAACUAGCUCUAAUGGGUUCAUGUCUCCUCGUUAUGUUAAUGAAAGAGGAAGAUGUCUACGUGAUGAAUGUAGGAGACAGCAGGGCAGUUUUAGCCCAAAAACCAGAGCCAGAUCUCUGGAGACAAGAUCUCGAGAGAAUUAAGGAGGAAACGCUGUAUGAUCUUGAGGUCUCUGAUGCCGAUUUAGCCACUUCAAAUCCAACCCUAAAUGCCUGCCAGCUCACAAUGGAUCACAGUACCUCCAUUGAAGAGGAAGUUCAAAGAAUAAAGAACGAACACCCUGAUGAUUCAUGUGCAGUGAUGAAUGAUCGAGUCAAGGGUUCACUCAAGGUCACUCGAGCUUUUGGUGCAGGCUUUCUUAAACAGCCUAAAUGGAACAAUGCGCUUUUAGAGAUGUUUAGGAUCGAUUAUGUUGGCAAUGCUCCAUACAUAAACUGUCUCCCGAGUCUUUAUCAUCACAAAUUAGGCCCACGAGACAGGUUCUUGAUAUUAUCUUCAGAUGGGCUUUAUCAAUACUUCACAAAUGAGGAGGCAGUUUCGGAAGUCGAAAUGUUCAUUCAAUGGUCACCGGAAGGAGAUCCAGCUCAGCAUCUUAUCGAAGAAGUUUUGCUUCGUGCCGCCAAGAAAGCCGGUAUGGAUUUUCAUGAGUUGUUGGAAAUACCGCAAGGGGAUCGAAGGCGUUACCAUGAUGAUGUUUCAAUUAUUGUGAUUUCACUUGAAGGAAGGAUAUGGAGAUCUUGCGUGUGAGGAGUUGAGGAGACAAGAACAAAAGGAAUUAUGAGCCGAAAGGGUGAAUGAUUUUUUGAUUUUUUUUUUUUUUGUUUUGAUCUUGGUCACCUUGUAGUAACAUG